UAUUUUCAAAACAAUUCCGCUAUCGUUAAUAUAUAAUCCCGCAUACAGUCGAGUGCAUAUCUGGUUACCAUAGGGGAUAUUGCAUUGAAGGGGAACAGUCUUCACAAAUUGUAGGAAUUAACGGAACUAGAUACUAGAGUUCCUCGCUGGUAGAUGGCGCCACAAGAAUCUUUCCAGAACCGUUUAAAUCUAUAAUCACUAGUUAUCAGCUUUAGCACUCCUGCAUUAUCAUGUAUUAUACCUAAUUCUAACCAUUUGACGGAUAGCUUCUCAGGCGCCAUCUCUUGUGAGAAAAUAAAAUACAAUACAAUACAAUUUGAUGGAUAAAAAAAUGUUCCCAAGUAUAUGAUUAACUGGAGUUAAUGACUACAAGAAUUGUCGUCCACAUGUGUGGACAACUACACAAUCGAUUAUCUGUAAAAGCGAGUGGUUCCAGUUUGCAAUAAAAAAUGCACAAAAGUUUAUUUGUGCUUUCUUUGUGGAUGCUGCAUUUUGUGUGCUGGGAUUUUUUUAUAUAAAUGAUGGCUGCAUUGUAUGCAACGGUGAUGUUAUUGAAGUUUGAAUUCUGAAUAGUGAACAGUAGCGAAUGAAAACGACGGUUUACAAUUUGUGAAAUCUAUCAAAAAAUAAGAGGCUAAACGUGUUAUUUAUAGUAACCUGAUAUAAAAAUAAAUAUAAAGACAACAAAAUGAAAUCUGUACGUGUAAGGGCACCAGUCUCUGCUCGUAAGCCAGUAAAUCGGCCAAGAGUUAAUAACAUGAUAUCUAAAGAUCCAGUUCAAGUUUACUGUCGUUUACGAUCAAUGCAACAUCCUACUGAUAUAUCAUGUAUGAAGGUUAUAUCCGAUACAGUUGUUGUUAUAACUCCACCUGAAUCAGCAACAAAUUUUCGUAAUUCAAAUAAUAAAGAAAUCCAAACAAUGUUCAGUUGUGUAUUUACGCCGAACACAACGCAAAAGGAAGUGUUUAAUGUGGUUGCUCUUCCUUUGGUUGAAAAUGUAAUUCGUGGUAGAAAUAGUCUUUUAUUUACUUAUGGAGUAACUGGGAGCGGUAAAACAUACACAAUGACUGGUGAACCACAAGAUCCUGGCAUAAUGCCUCGUUGCCUGGAUGUAAUUUUUAAUAGUAUUGCUAAUUAUCAGACGAAAAAAUUUAUUUUCAAACCAGAUAAAUUAAAUGGUUUUGAUAUACAAAGCGAAGCCGAUGCUAUGCUUGAUAGACAAAAUGAGCUGCAUGCAGGUCUCAUAUCACAAAGGAAUGGAAAAUUAGGCAAACAACGAAAAGCAGACAGUGAUGGUGACAGUAAUCCAAUAAUACUUCGUGAGAUUGAAGAAUCACAAGCAAUAACAGUAGAUCAAGACAAUGCUUAUGCUGUGUUUGUUACUUAUGUUGAAAUAUAUAAUAACAGUGUGUAUGACUUGUUGGAGGAUGAAGAUAUUAGAACUAAAACUUUACAAAGUAAAAUAGUCAGAGAAGAUGGUAACAAAAACAUGUAUGUACAUGCUGUCACAGAAAUUGAAGUGAAAAGUUCUGAAGAAGCAUUCGAAGUAUUUCAUCGUGGACAACGACGACGAAGAGUUGCGCACACCGCGCUUAACGCAGAGUCAAGUAGAUCACAUAGCGUUUUCACCAUUCGUCUUGUACAAGCACCUUUGGACUCAGAAGGUGAACAAGUGAUACAAGAUAAACGAGUAGUAUGCAUUACUCAACUGUCAUUAGUAGACUUAGCAGGUAGUGAAAGAACUAAUCGAACCAAAAAUACUGGUCAACGAUUAAGGGAAGCAGGAAAUAUAAAUAAUUCUUUAAUGACACUUAGAUCAUGCUUGGAAAUAUUAAGGGAGAAUCAACUACAAGGUACAAAUAAAAUAGUGCCUUAUCGAGAUUCAAAACUUACUCAUUUGUUCAAAAAUUAUUUUGACGGUGAAGGUCAAGUUAGAAUGAUUGUUUGCGUAAAUCCGAGGGCGGAUGAUUACGAUGAAACAAUUCAAGUUAUGAAAUUUGCGGAAAUGACACAAGAAGUACAAGUAGCUAGACCAACAAUUACCAAAGUAGAUCUUGGUUUUACACCUGGAAGAAGACAAGCGAAUAAGAUAUUUAAAGAGGCACGCAGUAAAUUAGAAAAAGAAGGUCGUCCUGAAGCUGCUGAUUUGGAAGUAGAUAUAGGUUUAGUGUAUAGUUUGGGUGGUCCGUUUCCCGAGUUAGAAAUUAGCUCUCCACGCAAUGACCAAAUAAUUACCAGUUUAAUGCAUUUUCUGGAACAACGUAUAAACAAACGGAAUAUACUACGCUCUGAUUUACAACAAAAACAAAACGAGCUUAGAAAAAUGUUGAUGACGGUGGAACAGGAACAUCUGAAUUUAAAGAUUGAAAAUGCAUCUUUAAAAGCAGCUAAUUCCCAACAAAGAAAGAAGGUGUCUGCAUUGGAAGGUCAUUUAUGUAAAACUGAAGAACAAAUAGAUAAUUUACUUCGUAAAUUAAAUAAUGCAAAUGAUACAAUACGUAGUUUGCAACAAGAGCUGAAAGACCGGGAUAUGGCAUUGAAUCAACGUUUGAUAGAUAAACAGAGAGCAAAACAGAAAUAUAAUACUAAAAUACAAGCAGAAACUGAUAAAAUGAACAAAGAAUUGGAAAUGAAAUUACGUCAACAACGUGAACAUUUGCAGAAUCAAAUGAGAGAAAAAGACGAUAAACUAAGAUUAGUAAAGCAAAUUUUAGUCGAUGAUGAUCUUAAUCCCGUACCUUCUGCUCCUAAAGAGCGUAUUACAACUACCCCUAGUUGUUCAGAUGCAACUCCAAGAGCAACAGAUUAUCGAUCACGAAGAGAUAAAACAGGUGUCUCAAAUCCAAGACACAGAAGAUCACAAAGCGCUGACAGAUGGAUCGAUCACAGACCAGGAGCACUUGUUCCUCUAGGAACAGUUCUUCAACCAUUAAUGCGUAGAAGACGUAGUGUCACACGGCUUACAGAUCCAAAAGAAAUUACAGAUGGUGCAUCUAGAUAUUGUCUCGUAGCACAAGAACACGAUACAGAUGGUGAGCUUGAGACAAAACUAUACAAGGCAGAUAUAUUACCCACUAGUGGAGGCGGUGCGCAAGUUGUAUUUAACGAUAUGGAAUGUUUAAAACAAUCAUCUCCCAAAGCAAGGAAACGCAGUGGUCCAUCAGAAAUAGACAAUAUAAAUGGAAUCGGCACUCCAAAUCAUUCGUCUACGUUGAUAGAAACCCAUUCCAAAAGACCACGCGUAGUAAAUUAAUAAAUAUACUAAUCAUCGAUGUGUAGAAUUGAAACUUAUUACAGUAUUACAGCUCUGCUUUUAUAAUUUAUUAUAUAAUACAUUUACAAAACAAAAUAAUUAAGAUACAACAGGUAUAAUACCUUGUAUGUAAUACUUGACUCAUAAAAGUUGCUAACUGAAUCAAUUUAUUUAUAUAUACUUUAUAUAAUUUU